UGAAGGGAGGGGGAAAGGGUGUCCCAGUGGUCCACGGCGGCGGUGAUGGUGGUGAGGCCGAAGAGCGGCGCUGAGGAAGAGGAAGAGCGAGCGCGUCGCUAAGACCCAGAGGGCUCUGCGGGCAGCGGGGCGGGCAGAUCGCAGGCAGCAGCGGCUCCAUCACCAGCCACAGAGAAAGGGGAAGAGGAGGAGGAGAAGGGAGGAAGGAAGAAGAAGAACCAGGGGUGGAGAAAAAAGGGGCCCCCUUGGGAUGGACAUGGCCUGACCGAAAUCAUCCCCCCCCCCCCGCAGCCCCUCCGCGGGCCGGUGUGGGUGUAGCGGCGGUUGGGCCUCGCUCCCCCCUCCCCUUCAGCGGGGUGGCAUCCCCCUCCCCAAUGUCGCUGUAGCCGGCGAGUGGCCGCGGCGGUGGUGGUGGUGGUGGCAGCGGCGGUGGCGGUGCCGGUGGUGGCAGCGGGCGAUGCGGCGUGGCCAGCCGGUGGCGGCAUGUUGAGGACAGAGGCAGGCGGCGGGGCGGCCGCCGGUGGGGGGUCCCCUUCCUCCGGGGGAGCGACCGGCAGCGGCGGCGGCGGCGGUGGAGGUGGUGGCAGCGGUGGUGGUGGGGGUCUGAGGAGUGCGUCCCCUCAUCGGAACGCCUACGAGGCCACCAUCCAGGCUCUGGCGCCCACAAAGGAGGCUGACGGUGAAGACGGCAAGAAGAGCCGAGGUAAGAAGUAUGGCUCCAACGUUCACCGUAUCAAGAACAUGUUCCUGCAGAUGGGGACGGCGCCCGGCCCCGACGGCGGUGCCUGCGACCUGGCCAAGGCCAAGGAGAAGCCGGUCCGCCUCUCCUUGCCCCGGGCUGGCAGCCUCAACGAGAGCAUGGAGCAGGGCAGCCUCCUCAAGCUGGGCACCAGCGUCUCGGAGAGGGUCAGCCGCUUCGACUCCAAACCCGACAAACCCUUCUCCAAGCUGCAGGAGACCAGGAAGAUCUUCGAGAGGAGCCCGCAGGAGAAGGCCACCAGCACCAAGCUCUUGCUGCGGAAGGAGCGAGCAGGCUUCCAGGACCGCAAGCUGGACGUGGUGGUGAGGUUCAACGGCAGCACCGAGUCCCUGGACAAGCUGGACACCGAGGCCGUCUCGCCCACCGUCAGCCAGCUCAGCGCCGUCUUCGAGAAGGCAGACCUCCGGAACAACCUCCACAAAGCCCCGGGCAGAGCGGGGGGACCCCUGGGGGCCAAGGUGGUGGGCAAGAGGCCUCGGGUCUUCGUGCCGAGCCCCGAGGUUGGACGUUCGAGCGAUGCCCACGGCGCUGCCCCCCCGGCCAGGGCCAAGCCGCCGGAGGAGGAGAAGGCGGCGGUGAAGGCCGGCCGGCCGGCGGAGAAGGAGGCGACCACCCCGCGGGUGCAGGAGGUCUGCAAGAUCAAGCCGGUGGAGGUGGAGGAGAGCGGUGAGGCCGAGGAGGAGGAGGAGGAAGAGGAGGAGGAAGCGACGGCGGCCAGGGAAGCUGCGCCUCUGCCCCAGCCGGCCCCCAAGGAGGCCGAGGGACCGGCCCCGGCCACCGCGCCCCGGCUGGAAGGGGGCUCAGGGGGGGCCGGGGCUGAUGAGGGCGUCAAGGGUGAGAGGGUGGAGGAGAACGAUGCCUACGAGGAGGCCAAGAAGGAGGACUUCUCCGAGGCGGACCUGGUGGACAUAAGUGCCUACAGUGGGCUCGGGGAGGACUCGGGGGGCAGUGGGCUGGAGGAGGAGGAUGAGGCCGAAGGGCUGUACGAGCCUGAGUCGGGCUGCGUGGAGAUCCCUGGGCUGUCCGAGGAAGAGGAGCCUGUCCCCAACCGCAAGAUCCAGUUCAGCACGGCCCCCAUUCAGGUCUUCAGCACUUACUCCAACGAGGACUACGACCGCCGCAACGAGGACGUCGACCCCAUGGCCGCCUCGGCCGAGUACGAGCUGGAGAAGAGGGUGGAGAGGCUCGACCUGUUCCCUGUGGAGCUGGAGAAAGACUCGGAGGGGCUGGGGAUCAGCAUCAUCGGCAUGGGGGCAGGGGCUGACAUGGGCCUGGAGAAGUUGGGCAUCUUCGUCAAGACGGUGACAGAGGGGGGGGCAGCCCAUCGAGACGGCAGGAUCCAGGUGAAUGAUCUCAUCGUGGAGGUGGAUGGCACCAGCCUGGUGGGGGUCACCCAGAGCUUCGCUGCCUCUGUCCUCAGGAACACCAAGGGCCGAGUCCGGUUCCUGAUCGGCCGGGAGAAGCCGGGGGAGCAGAGCGAGGUGGCGCAGCUGAUCCAGCAGACGCUGGAGCAGGAGCGGUGGCAGCGGGAGAUGAUGGAGCAGCGCUACUCGCAGUACGCCGAGGAGGAUGAGGAGACGGGCGAGUAUGCCACGGACGACGAGGAGGAGAUGAGCCCCAUGUUCCCCGGCGGGGAGAUGGCCAUCGAGGUGUUCGAGCUGGCCGAGAACGAGGACACCCUGUCCCCCGUGGAGAUGGACCCCGAGAAGCUGGUGCACAAGUUCAAGGAGCUCCAGAUCAAGCACGCCGUCACCGAGGCCGAGAUCCAGCAGCUGAAGAGGAAGCUGCAGUGCCUGGAGCAGGAGAAGGCUCGCUGGAGGGCCGAGAAGGCCCAGCUGGAGCAGAGCGUGGAGGAGAACAAGGAGAGGAUGGAGAAGCUGGAGGGGUACUGGAUGGAGGCCCAGAACCUGUGCCAGGCGGUGGACGAGCACCUGAAGGAGACCCAGGCCCAGUACCAGACCCUGGAGCGCAAGUACAGCAAGGCCAAGAGGCUCAUCAAGGAGUACCAGCAGAAGGAGAUCGAGUUCCUGAAGAAGGAGACGGCGCAGCGCCGCGUGCUGGAGGAGUCGGAGCUGGCGCACAAGGAGGAGAUGGAGAAGCUGCAGGAGAAGAUCUCCGAACUGGAGGCCAAGCUGCAGACACUGAAAAAUUCCAACCCGACUUAAACCACCCUCAAACCGCAGCGAUUUUGAAAGGGGGGGG